AUGGCAGACGAAAAUCCAGAGCAGUGCCAGGCCGACGAGUUGCCGGAAGGCCGGGAAGUGGCUUCCUCUUCCGGCGAUCAAGCAUCGGACUCGGCAGAACCCUCCCUCUCGAGGCUCGUCUCGUUGAGCCGCCUCAACGCGCAGGCACCGGAGUUUGUUCCCCGCACGCCGCCGGCGGGCCACUCCUCGGGCCGGAUGGAUCCGCGGAUGGUGCAGAUCCACCCUGCUCCCCCGCCGCUACCGGUGAUGCGCAUCUUCCAGCCUCCGCCCCCCGCGUUCCAUAAUAUUCCCCCCGUACAGAAUCAGUUCGAGUAUUAUGGUGGUGGUGGAGGGGGGUAUAGGGAGCCGGAGAUGGGUCGCUCCCGCUCCCCCUCUGAUCCGGACCCUGCAUCUGCUUCGGCUUCGGCUGCGAUGGAUGUCCUCUCGGACGAUAUUAUACAGAAGAUCACGAAUCAGGUUACUUACCGUUUUCCACCCAAAAUUUACGACGUACUACACGGAGUGCUUCUGCAUAUUUCACACCUAUUGUAAGAUUUGUUUUCUGGUGGCAUCGAUAUCAGAAAUCGCUUCCUGGGAAUCAAAACUUUUUUGGUGUCAAACGUCCGACAUGUGCAUCAGUCUAAAUUCUAGUGCUAUAAAAUAGGGGUAUUAAAAGCGCAUACAAAAAUUCUGUGAUCGGAAUAAAUCCUGUUAUAUUUCCGACUGUUUAGCAAUGUGGAAAGGUGUCAAGUGCAUCGCUAUGUAAUCUAAUCCUUGUAGAUUGUGAAUACAAAAGGCCAAAUUCCCUCUUUGAUCUCGGGGAUGGCUGGCCACUGCUGAUCUUGACCCCUAUCUACUCAACUAAAAACUUUUGUAGGUAGACAAAAUCAGCUUGCCACAGCACCUUUUUGACUUGAAUGAUCUAAUACGUAGAAAGAAUACCUGCUUCUCGUUGAGAAGAUUAACACUGCCAUAGUGGAAGUGGGGCGGAAAUGGGACCUUCAACUCAGAAGGAAUGUAAUGCGAAAUCCUUGAAUCCACGUUGAUUGGUGAGGGUGAUCCUUUAAUUCGCAAGGAUCGAAAACAGGAGUCCCUGAAACCACAAAAGGGGGAGGGGAGCGAGAGAGAGAGAGAGAGAGAGAGAGAGAGAGAGAGAGAAGUAAUAUUGUGGGUCAGAAACCCCUCCUUCGUCUACAAUGUGUGCCUCUUUAAAUAGGCAAAAAGUAGUUCUAGGUCCCCUGGACAAUAGGAUCUGAUAAAUGUUUUGCUAAAGAUAAGGAUGUCAUGGACAAAAGCAAACACUUACAAUGCCUACUAAAAGAAAACGUCUUUCAAACCUUAAGGGCCUCCUAGACGUCUCAAUUGUUUGCUUCCUCUUUUAAUAACCCUGUUUGCCCUUCUGGGCUUUGCCUUUUAUGCCUUUUGCAUUUUCUGGGAAUCAGUUCUGCAUCAUUAACUCAUUAUCUUUUGAGCUGUAGAAUUCCACUAUUUCGUGAAAAUUAGCCUUAGAUGUCAUCGUAUCAUCUUGCUUAUAACUUGGAAUCUCAGAAAGCUAAUCAUCGGCAAUAACUUACGAAGGAUUCGAAUAGUGAGCAUGUCAAAUGAUGCUUGGAAAACUAUCUAAACUUCUUGGAUGAGAUAGUGAUGAAAUAUCGUGUCAGUAUGAUUAUUUUUUCACUCUCUUUUGGACCACAUUGUCUUGGAAAGUUAUCAGGUUUAUGCGAGAUUCAUUAAAAGGUUCAAUGCACUUUAUUGAUAAACAGGUAUUAUUUCAUUCAUUUUUCGUGCUUUUUGUGAGAAAAUAUAUACCUUUUUAUAGCACAUUAGUCGAAAAGACCACAAAUAUCAAUAAUCUAGAUUGUAUGUAACAUUCACUGUCUUUGCCUAUUCAACUUGGAUUUACUAAGCUUCCUCUCCAUUUUUUUUCGGUAGUGGCUCAGAUCCACGAAAAUCGAAGGCAACUACUGUAUUAGCAUUCGUAAUGCGCCAGAUAUAAAAUAUACACAAUCAUUGUUGCAGAUUUUGUGUAUGCUUAUAACUAAAGCGUCUUUCAAGUAAGGCAGCUUUCCGCUUUGUAAGGGAGUCUUACUAAGUAAAGGGAGUCCAGAGGCCUGCCUCACAUCAGCGUUUUUUAAGUUUGUCACUUCCUUUUUAACAUGAACCGUAUUAGUAGUAUACGAAAGGAAUGGGUAAUUUUGAUGUUGUCGUGAAAAUUCUGAUACUCUAUUGAACUAGAUUUUUCCCAUGUACAAAAUUUGCCAGAAAGUUGCAAGAUUUACCUCAAAAACGUUUCGACGAUUGAUUCGUAAUCUAUCACAUACAGCUGGAGUCUCAUUUUGCAUAUCAUGUAUGUCAUUUUAUGGUUCCUCUGAUUUGAAUUGAUGACGAAGAUUUCCUCAAAUCAAUGACCCUUGGAGACUUAAUUUUGAUAUAUUUUUACUAAGAUACGCAGAGUGAUGAAAGUCUCAUCAGUAUCAUUUAUGUUACGUUAUCUUUCAGAACUUUCAUGCAUGAAAAUAAUCUUUGCUUGGAUAUGGUAGGUAGAGUAUUACUUCAGUGACAUAAACUUGGCCACCACUGAGCACUUGAUGAGGUUCAUCAACAAGGAUCCAGAAGGAUUUGGUAAGAUAGUUUUCUCCUAACUUUCAUUAACGUCAGAAAUUGUCUAUUUGUCACUGGUGAAAAUUUUGUAGCGUAUUUAUCUAGUGAUUAUAGCCUUCUUCAUGGUUCUUUCAUCAUACUGCAAGAAUGUUUGGCUGGCCAUCGGGAUAUAGAUAAUUUAUAAUGCAUCUGAAUUAUUCUUGUUAAAAAAUUAGGGCUUGACCAGGGUUGAACUUUAAGGAUUGAGCUCUUGCAAGGAUCUCCAUCCCAGUUGACUUUCUCUGAUGUUCUGUACCCUACAAUCUGUCGUAAUGACCGCAAAUAUAAUUCUUCUAUCAGUCAUUGAAGGCAAAGAUAAGGAACAGGAUGCAUCCAUAGUUGCCUACAUGUUUCCAAAGAUCACUUCUGGCACUUUAAUGGUCACGUUGGCACAUGAGGCUGGUGUAGAGAUGGAAGGGCACAUGGUCACCAUCUCAGGACAGAAAAUACAGCAGUCAGAUAUCUCUCUCCUACAGAGCUUGUAUGUUGUGUCAUAUCUGAUCAGUCCAGUUAUGUACUAAAUCUGAGUUAUCUGACAGUGGCCAAUUUCGAUCUAUAGUCAGUUGUCAGAUUCUUAAACCUGCAAAUCACAGUGACUAUUUAUUUGUGACAUUAUAAGAGCUUUGACUGACAUUGCAAUCGAAUAUUGACAGUGUAACGGUGCCAACACUUUCUCUGACCCCAUCUCCAAUCGCCACAACUCUCUCUCUCUCUCUCUCUCUCUCGUGUCUGAAGAGCAUUCCGGUGUUAAGGAUGGCCCUAGUGAAAUUUCUACUAGCUAGCAGACGGCUGUUCCUUUUUUUACCUGAAAUCUAAAAAAAAGCACAGAUGUUCUUUUGAUUUGGACGUGGAAAUGGCAGACUCACAUCAAAUCUGAAAUUAAAAAAGUUACUCUAAUGCUAGCUUUGUGAAUGUAUGGAGGUUGUAACGUCAUCAUUCUGGGGAUUUGAUGUAUUUCCAUAUUCUUUCCUUGUUCAGCUUUGAUAAUAACAAUUCACCAUCAGUCUACUAGCAUUAGUCAUUGUUCUUGCUUGGUACUGUCUUAAAUAGAAAAACUAUCCAGUACAAACAUUCUUACCAAUUUGUUUCGUUUUUUCAACAGUCCCAAUAUCAGUCAUUGCUGGCUUUAAGAAGAUAAAAGCCCUUGUCAGCAAUAAUGCACAGCUUGCUGGUGCUCUUCGGACUUCUUCAAAGCUUGUAAGUUCUAUUGGACAGGAUGAACAUUGCAACGUAUCCUGGUCGUCAUUUUUAUUUUAUUUUUUUGCUGUGAUAUGUAUUGUUACCAAAGGAAAAAUCCACUAAUUUUACUUCUUGAUUGGAUGUAAUUUUUUUUCAUUUGAGUAAGUAUGUUUCCAUUUCUUGAUGUAUUGUUUGGAUGUUUUUCACUGUUCAGGUUGUUAGCGAUGAUGGAAAGAAAGUCAGGCGGCAGCAACCUUUCACUGAUGCUGAUUUAGAGGAAUUGCAGGUCAGCUCACUGAUCUUUUUUUGUCUACAGCAUCCAUCUCUGCUUGUGCCGGGAAUAAUGCCUGCAUCUUGUCUUUUGUCCAGUCACGUAUUGUUGUUGCUGAAAAUCUUCCUGAAGAUCAUUGUUACCAGAACCUUGUUAGGGUUUUUUCUGUUGUUGGGAGGUAAGCACUUGACAUGCUCGUAACUGUCAGCAUUUUGUCUUGCGAACGAAAAUAGAAGUAUAAGUAUGUUAUUUGGCAGUGUGAAGACAAUCCGCACCUGCUAUCCACAGACUACUAAUGGCGGGGCGUCUGCAAUUUCUAAGCCUGGCAAGAUGGACAUGUUUCUUGGAAACAAGGUAGUUUUUCUACUGUUUUAAUUUUUUUUAAUCAUUUCAACUUGAUGGAUGAGAGAUUCCGAAUGCAUUGAACCAGUUAACUUCGGAAAGAUUCCUUUCAAUUUAGAUUCUGACGUGGGUUUAUGAGCGUAUCAAAUGAGAAACAUGAUUAUUAAUGUAUUUGCAUGAUCAGGCAGUAAAUUUCUCCCUGAUGAGGAAAGAUAAAUACAAUGUUACCGUAGCAUACUGUGUGUCAGAGCCUGAGCCUGGAGAUUGGUACUCAGCAGAUUAGAACUGAUGCAGCUGAGAAUUACAAGUUUGGUUCUACAGGUUUUUCUGAUUCCCAUGCCAUUUAUGACUUGCCAUGCGCACGAAACUGAGUGUUUCAAUAUUAAAUUUGAAAAAGAUUAUAUUGUUGGAUUAUGUGGUGAUAAGGUACUUCUUCCCAUGAUGUAAAAACGUACCCUUUUGACAAGUUUUUUCAAUAACCACAACAAAUGAUGUUUGCGGUUCUUGACUAGCAAUUCAAUGUCAACUCGAGGUGAAUUCAUACUUCACUGGAUGUCUACAGGAGAGUGCGUUUUAUAAGAAAAAAAUCCUGUAAACUGUGUUUACCGGACCUUUGUACUCAAGCUGGAAAGGAGCAUUGGAACCUACGAAGAAACUAGAAAGUAUUAGUCUUUCAAGUCUAUAUUAUCUCGGCAUUCCAAGAUAUCAUUUACCUUUUUCAGGGCAAACACAAUGCAUGGAAUAGACAGUAAUAAUCCCAUCUGACACAAAUUCCAAUUUUCAUUUUCCAAAUUGGGGAUACAAGUUGCAUGCGUUACUUGUCUUAAUCCUUUUGGGUAUCGUGUAAAAAUACAUUAAAAUGCUGUAAGAGAUGUGCUAAAACACUACUAUCGUAAUUACACGCGUUCUAAAUGCAUUCCCAUAUUUUGGUCCCUUUUUCUUUAAGGAUUGAUCAAUCAAGCUGCAUCAAGUACGAACCAGGUGGUCAUUCUGAGUUUUGAAUUUGAUAGGGUCUUUUAAAAAAUAUUGAAGCAUAUACAUGUAAUCCCAAAAAAAGGUCAAUUCAUUCAUCAUCUAAACACUUCAACGGUGCAAUACGACUGAUAUAUUAUGUCAAAUGUCAGCCAUUCAAGUAUAAACGUAGAUUAGGGUUUGCUAGGUGUAUUUUUUUUUUUUUCUGUAACAAAAAGAAUACAAGAUACAGAUUGGAAACUUGACAAAAGAACCCUCAAGCUUCUAUCUGAUUUUAUGUCAUGCUCUUGUUUUUUUCUCGUCUUUUUUUUUUGUACUAAAUGAAAUCUGCAUGGAGCUUCUUAUUCGAAUUUUAUGUGUAACUUGGAGCUUCUUAUUCGAAUUUUAUAUGUAGUUUAACGCAGAUUAUUUAUAUCGAUGCAAUUUCCAUUUAUGUAAUACGAGUUUUCUCCACAAGUAUAUUGGUAACCAUUUUUUUUCAUUGCAGUUGCAUGCAUUUGUGGAAUACGGGACCUUCGAGGAAGCUGAAAAAGCUGUAAGCUUCUGAUUUGUGUAUAAUCUGUGUCCCGAGAUUCAUUGUGCCUGCUGGGGAUCAGUCUAACCCUUGAGACGACCAGGUUGCUGAGCUGAAUGACGAGAAGAACUGGAGAAGCGGACUCAGACUUCGUCUACUCCCCAGAUGCAUGGUACUAUCUUCAUCUUGCUCGACCAAAAUGCAUGCCACCCCCCUCUCCUCCCCUUCUCAACCAAGAUAAACACACAAGCUCUUCAAAGAGGAAUUUUUUUGCAGGAAAUUAAUUUUCCAUUAUUAUAUUUUUUGUGAAAGGUUGCUGGGGUACAUGGGUUCCCUUCUUUCGUUCUUUUUUUUUUUUUUUUUUUUUUUUUGUCUGUCUGAAAACGAAGUUGCUUAAAAUGGGAACAAAAAUUUGAUGCUUUUUACCUCUUUCCCGAAUGACCCCUGCCAUCCCAUACUCAAACCUUCAGACGAAGUACGGCCUGAAUCGAGCGAGGAAAGGCGGGAACGAGGGCGAAGGAGUGGGUGAAGAUGAGGACACCUCCACGUCCAACCAGCAGCACCAUGACAGGCAUUUUGAGGAUCCCUCGCAGUCGGGCGAAGCAUCUCAUGAACACAUGGUGAGGGCUUCUAACUCCUCCCCCCCCUGAAUUUCUCUACUCAUUUCUUCACAUGGAAGGCCUGGCGGCGCCGUAGAACCCUAGAAAUCCUACUUCUUCCCGUCCAUCUGCCCCCUUAAACUGUUCUUUUCUAGGGUUUCUACGCCGUAUAUGCUCGUCUCUCCUCUUCCUUUCACCCUCCCGUCUGCUUGAGCUUUGAGUGGCUUCUCAUCAGGGUGACGACGGGUACCACGAGAGGGAUGCCGGCGGAGGAAGGCGGGGCCGCGGUAGGGGCCGAGGCUUCCGAGGCCGCGGCGGCCGCGGUCAACCCAACACCGGUGGGGCCGCUAGUCAUCUGCCGGCGCCGGCGGGGGAGCUGCUGCCCGGCGCCGCCAAACAGCCGGUGGGCCCCCGCAUGCCGGACGGAACGAGGGGCUUCGGCAUGGGCCGGGGGAAGAAGACUCCCUCCUCCUGA